AUGUCUGCACGAACGUAUAUCAAGUGGGAUGCACCAGGCGUCGAAGUAAUUCCCGACGUUGAACCUGACAAUAUUCGUGCCGUGUCUGAGCAGUUUCUGCGGUUCCAAAUGAUGACCUUUGAUGAGCAUCAUCACUGCUUGCGCGGCACGCAUCUCAAGACCCAUGGUUGCAUUAUGGGAAAAUUUACUGUCAAGGAUAAGUUGGAACCGCAUCUUGCACAGGGCAUGUUUUCCAAGCCUGCAAGCUACGACACUAUUCUCCGGUACUCGUCGCUCACGCCAAAGCUUGUACCCGACAACAUUCCCGCGCCUCGCGGCAUCGGCAUCAAGGUGUUUGGCGUCGAGGGCGAGAAGAUCUGGGGCGACGAUAAGAAGACACAAGACUUUACCAUGAACAAUUACCCUGUGCUGGAGCUGCGAGACCCGAAAACCACCAACGAGAUUGCGGAUUCUCUUGAGCGCAAUUGGAAUACGCUGGAUAAAUUUGGCGCCGAGUGCGCGGCUCGUCCUGAUGCAGCCCUAGCGUGUAUGCCGGGUCAACUACCUCGUCAAUACAUGGUCGCCAUGCCUCAAUACUCGCAAUCGGCAUAUCGCUACGGCGACAUUGUCGUCAAAUUUGGGGUCUUCCCUCUCGGUGAGGAGCAACUCAAGCUAGCCAACGAGCACAUCCCCAAAGACGCGCCUAUCAACGCCCUAUCGCAGCAAGCCCGGAAAUUCCACAUGCAGCACAAGGUGACAUACUCGUUUUGCGUCCAGAUGCUGGAGAAUCUACAGGACCAGCCUGUCGACGACAUCGGCAUCGAAUGGGACGCAGCCAAGUAUCCAUGGCAGCAGGUGGCUACGCUGGAGUUUGAGCCGCAGGAUAGCUGGCAGCCUCAGUUCCGGGCAUGGUGGAACGACAGAAUCACUGUAAACGGGUGGCAUGGGCUCAAGGUGCACCAGCCACUGGGCAGUACCAACAGGAUGCGGCGCGUAGUGUAUGCUGAGUCGCGCAAGCUCCGGCUGAGUGUGAAUGGGUUCAAGGACUAUCUGGAACCGAGCGGGCUGGACGAGGUGCCGGCGGGAGUUCCUACGCCUGUGCUGAAUCUGCCGCGCUACUAUGGCUAAAUACUAGCGGACAAAACAAACAAACCGGACUUAACAGUGGCGGAACGAAUUGCGCGCUCUGCGAUGAGCCGGAGGGAGGCUCUUCCAGGGUCUACCCCGUUUCCUUGAGGAAAGUGAGACAUGCGGAAUUACAGACUGCAAGGAGCGGAAUUGACCGCUAUAAGAUAUUGUCUUUGUGUUUGUUUGUUCGUGCUAAUUAGCCUUUGUUUCAGAAAUACUAGGGUAGCCGGGAUACGUAACAGUACAGACACUAUGGAAAAUGCGGCGAAAUAGGCCAUAAUUUCAGAACAUGUGAAAAUGAAGUAGAAACUAUUUCUUUGGGUAGUUUAGAAUAAGUUUUAAUUUUUUUCUAAUAAUGUUCGAGGCCGAUGCAGUACUUUUCAUAAGUUAAGGUCAAGAAGGGUGUAGCGCUCACCCGUGAACCACGUUGAUAUCUAUGUCAAAUCUCUAUAGUACUAAAAUUUCCCCAUAAAAAUAUAGUAAUUAAAAUAGGCAUCCAUAGAAUAGUUGAAACUAUAAAGAUAAUUCUUUGAGUGUCACAAUACCCUAUUUGGAUUGCCUUGCGCACUAGUGUAUUUUCCUUGAAUAACAGUUGCAAGGAUAACGAGCCAUAAAUAGCACCCUCUUCAGGUCUGAUGUUGGUUGGAAAAUACUCGUUGAGUCUCUGUGGCAAUGUCUCCUGCCAAAUAAUGGAAGCAAGCGAGUAACCAAUUGCUGCUCCAAUGUCCUCGAACAAUCCACAAAUUGCCACUAAAGUAGUGAGAUCUUGAUUCCCCGUUGCAGCUGCAAUUGCGAGUGGAAUACAUGUUGUAAGAAGGGACUGAGAAAAAGCAGCUAUUAUUUGCCAUGCGAUAGUCAAAGAGGUGCUCGAAUCGGGCCGCAAGCUAUAUAUCGCCAGACAAAGACCAAGAAUAGCUCCCAGUACACCCAGGUAUAAAGCUGGACAUUUAACAAAUCCAACAUGCCGGAUUAUGAUCCCAAACACCAGGGUACCAGUGGUUGCGGCAACAUCGUAAAUUGGUGUCAAAAAUCCAGUAUCCAUUAUACUCCUGUUGUCGACAACCUGUAUAAAUGGGAUAAAGUAACUUUUCCAACCAUUCAGACUUGCCAUACAAAGCGUAUUAGCAAUACAUGCAGCCAAGAUAGUUCGGUUGCGUAAAUAUUCAUAUGUUGUGAGCGAUCGAUGUAUCGCCAACCGUUCCCAGACAAUUAACGCCAGUAAAGACACCACACCGAGUACAGACAGCGAUAAAAUCAACGGUGAGGCAAACUCGUUCCUCUGCAACGGAACAUUGUUGGCUACAAGUAGCAAACAACUUCCUGCGGCGGAAAAGAGAAGUAUGCCAAUAGGAUUGAAUUCUCUGAUGUAGUUCAUGACUCGUUUGGGCUCUCUGUAUAUGUCGCCGGUGCUGUUUUCGACAUAGCGUUCAGUGUGCCUAAACGAUGCAUAGUGGAAUAAUAGGCCAAGUGCAGAUGUUGCAACUGGCGUUAUACCGAUGAAAACGAGAUGAUAACCCCAUGUAUUGACGUGUGCGAUGACAACUUGUGUAAUAGCACCACUCGACAAAUAUGCUAUUAGUGUUGGAGAUAGGACCAUACCCAGCAACAGUGACCUGUCGCGUAAGGGCGAUAUUUCCGAUAUGAAAACUGUUUGGCAGUAACUGAUACCAUUUGUACCAAUUUUUCGAAAGAUCUGCCCGAUAGAAUAUUGCAUAAAGCCUAAAUCCAUAGCUAGGAUCACGAGGCCAAUGGUCAUGAAAACAGUCGAAAUAGCCACCGCUAGUGCGCGACUGAAGUGGAUGAUGAAUCUCGCCAAAAAUAAUCGUGAAGCUGAUGAUAGAACUAAACUCAUUAUCAUGACAAGUGGUAGCAGAUAUUCAUCGUCAAUGUCCGAAAGAGUACUUGGAAGUAGCAAUGUCUCUACACCUUCAUAGAUGAAGAAGCAGAGGUUUAUAAGCCAUAUCAGGCUAUAUGCCGUAACAGUGAGGGUCGGUGUCCAUGCUUCGUCUUCUCUGGUCUUUUUCAAUGUAUUGUUAUCUUCUGCUUCUAUGCUGGUGAUAGAAAAGCAUUCCAGAGAUGAUCGUUUCGCAGGAGAUGUAAGUCUUCGCAUACUUUAUCUGUAUUGUUCAAUAUGGUGUAAAGCACAAAGCUCUGAAGGGGUUUUCGCGGUGAAGUGUUAUAAGGAGGUGAAAGGUAGAUCUAAGGGAAUUGGUGACGAUGGGUGGUGAAUGUUUAUCUACCAUUUUGGGAUUGAAGGCAUCACU